AUGGCUUCGUCUCUCAAAUAUGUCUUCUGCCUUCUCCUUGCGAGCUCCGUCUCUGCCUUGGUCCAUCCAGGCAUGCUUCAUACCGAUGAUGACUUUACACGCAUGCAGUCAAAGGUUGACGCCAGUGCCACGCCCUGGAUAAUUGGAUGGGACCUGCUCAUUGCCAAUUCUCAUUCCCAACCAACCUACACCGCGAAUCCUCUCCCCAUCGUCUACCGCGGCAGCGACGGCGUUCAUGCUGAGAACUACGGUACUCUUUACAAUGAUGUCGCAGCAGCCUAUGCUCUUGCCUUACGUUGGAAGAUUCAAGACGAUGAUGAGUUUGCCGAUGCUGCUGUAGCCAUAUUUAAUGCAUGGUCAUCCACAUUGACAUCCAUCCAAGGAGACUCUGACGCAGCUCUGGCAGCGGGUAUCUACGGAUAUGAAUUUGCUAACGCGGCCGAGAUUGUGCGCAGCUACAGCGGAUGGGCUGCAGCCGACCAGGUCAAAUUUCAGACCAUGCUGCAUGACGUCUUUUUCAGCAUCAACUAUGACUUCCUAAACCGGCACGAUGGACAAACCGACCCAGACGUAUAUUUUGCCGGUUGGGAUUUGUGUCAAGUAGCCUCAAUCAUGUCGAUCGGGAUCUUCAACGACAACGAAACAAUGUACGAAUAUGCAGUGGACUACUUCAAGAGCGGCGUCGGUAACGGCAACGUCCACAAGGCUAUCUGGGUUACCUACGACGUUGAUGGGGAGACGCUUGGCCAGUGUCAGGAAUCCGGUCGUGACCAAGGCCAUUCGACCCUGGACAUCGGAUUGCUUGGUGUCAUUGCCCAGAUGGCAUACAACCAGGGCGACGAUCUGUUCGCGUACGAAAGCAACCUCAUCUUAGCUGGCAGCGAGUACACGGCCAAAUACAACGUCGGCUACGACGUACCGUACACGGAGUAUACCAACAGCUAUCCGACGGACGAGCCGAUCAUCUCCAACUACUCGAGGGGUUCUCUCCGGCCUACCGAUGAGCUGCUCUACGCUCACUAUCAUGAUUUGAAGGGCUUGGAUGCCUGGUAUACGGGUCUCUACAGGGAUAUGGUCAACAACUCGACGGGUGGGGCAGAGGGCGGCGGUGGAAACUAUGGGUCCGAUAGUGGUGGUUAUGAUCAAUUGGGAUACGGCACUCUGACCUUCCGACUUUCAGCAGCAUAG